AUGUCAUCGAGCUCUUUGGCUGCCAGUUCAUCUGUUGCUCUAGAUCUUCCGUGGAAAUAUGAUGUAUUUUUGAGUUUUAGGGGUGAAGAUACACGCUACAAUUUUACAGCUUAUUUACAUGAAAGAUUGCUAGAGCAAGGAAUUACAAAAAUUUUCUUGGAUGAAAAGGACCUUGAAAUAGGAAGACCGGUUGCUGAACUCUUCGCAGCGAUUGAACAGUCGAGACUUGCAAUCGUUGUGAUGUCUCCAAAAUACGCUUCUUCAAAAUGGUGCAUGAAUGAACUUUUGAAGAUUCUUGAAUGCAUGGAAAAGAGAGGGGCAGUUCUGCCAAUUUUUCACUCUGUGGAGCCCUCCGAUGUUGGGAAGCAAUCGGGGAACUUUGGGGAAGCCUUCACUGAACUUGAGCAAAGGUGCAAGGAUGAAAAGGAGAUGGUGGAACGAUGGAGAGCUGCUUUAAGAAUAGCGGCAAAAAUCAAAGGGUGGACUUCAAAGAAUAGAUAUGAACCACAUCUCAUCAAAGAAAUUGUUGAAAAGGUACGAAUUGAAGUAGGCCCUAUAUCAUUGGAGCCUGCAGAAAAACUGGUUGGAAUUGAUUCAAAAUUGAAGGAACUAGAUUUGCUUUUAGAUCCAGAGUCAAAUGAUGUUCACUUUAUAGGGAUAUGGGGGAUGAGUGGGAUAGGUAAGACAACCAUUGCCAGAAAAGCUUAUGAGAGGAUUGUUCAUAAAUUUGAAGUCAAAAGCUUUCGCGAAAGAGUUAGAGAAGUUUCUAAAGCACAUGGUCUUGACGAUCUACAGAGAAAGCUUUCCAAUAACCUCAUGCAUAGAAAUAUAGAAGACUGGAACAGUGAUGAAGAAGCCAGAAUGAGACAUUUCUUCAGGGGAAGAAAGGUUCUUCUCAUUCUUGAUGAUGUGGAUGAUAAGAGUCAGUUAAAAAAGUUGUGUGGGAGCCCAACUUGGUUUGGUCAAGGGAGUAGAAUCAUUAUUACGACUACAAAUGAACACUUGCUAAUUUCACAUGGUGUAGAAAGAAGAUAUGAGGUGCAGGGGCUAAAUGACAAUGAUGCUCUUAAACUUUUUAGCUUGAGAGCCUUUAAAACAGAUUAUCCGCUAGCAAGUCAUAUGGAUCUGUCUAAACGUUAUGUGAAUUAUGCCAAUGGUCAUCCAUUAGCUCUUGAAGUCUGGGGAUCUCUUGUGCAUGAAAGAGGUGAAGAUGCAUUAAGCAGUCAAUUGCAUAAAAUGGAGGAUGAUUUAAAUCGAGAAAUUAUGAAUCCACUUAAUGUAGGUUACGAGGGAUUAGAUAAGCAGGAGAAAGAUAUUUUCCUUGAUAUCUCAUGUUUCUUUAAAGGAAAGUACAAAGACCGAGUAGUUGAAAUACUAGAGAGUUGUGGCUUUCAUCCAGGUAUUGACAUAGAUGUCCUUGUGAAGAGGUCACUAAUAACAAUUUCACAUAACAUGGUGUGGAUGCAUGAUUUGUUACAAGAAUUGGGUCGCGCAAUUAUUCGUCAGAAAUCUCAAGAGCCUGGUGAACAUAGCAGGCUGUGGCUUUCUGGGGACAUCUUUCAUGUUUUGAGCAAAAAUACGGGGACACCAGCAGUUGAAGGCAUUGUCCUAGAGAAGCUGGAAUCUAAAGAGGGACAAUGCCAUCCUGAAGCUUUUUCUAAGAUGUUUAAUCUUAGAUUGCUUAAACUUCAUAAUGUGCACCUUCCGAAACGUCUCAGAUGUCUUCCUAAUUCGUUGAGAUUUCUGAAGUGGAAAGGUUUCCCUUUAAAUUCUCUCCCUCUAGAUUUCGAACCGAGUAAUCUUGUUGAACUCAACAUGUGUCAUAGUAGCAUUGAACAACUUUGGACUGGAACAAAGAAUUUUGAAAAGUUGAAAGUGAUCAAACUUAGUCAUUCAAAAAGUUUGACUAAAACCCCAGAUUUCGAAGGGUUCCAAAAUCUUGAGAGAUUAGAUCUUGAGGGAUGCGAAAGUCUAGUUGAGAUUCACUUUUCCGUAGGAGUUCUAAAAAAGCUUACUUUCUUGAAUCUUAAAGAUUGCAAAAGUCUUGAGCUUCUUCCAGAUGAGAUUGAAAUGGAAUGCCUUGAAGUUCUUAUUCUUUCUGGUUGCUCAAGAGUUAAAAAGAUUUCUAAUUUUGUGGAUCCUAUGGAGCAUUUACGGAAGCUUUCUUUAGAUGGGACUGCUAUUGAAAGUAUACCUUCAUCAAUUGAACAUUUGACUAGCCUUUCUUCAUUGGAUUUGAGAGAUUGCAUCAAUCUGAAUUGUCUUCCGAGUACGAUUGGCAAGUUGCAGUCUCUUAAAUUUCUUAAUGUUUCUGGGUGCCCAAAACUUGCCAAAAUGGCAACAAGCUCUAAAAGGAAACGGGGAAUGGGUGGAACUGCUGAAGAAUGGCCAUCUUCCUUUGGCCUUCUGGGAAACCUUGAAUCAUUUUUUUUUCGUGGACCCAAAGGGCUGUCACAGCAAUCAUGGUAUAUGUCCCUUCUUUUUCAAAUAUUUCCAAUGAAGAGCCUUCAGCCUAUGAGGCCAUUCUUGCCUCCUCUAUCAGGGCUCUUUUCUUUAAAGGAAUUAGAUUUAAGUGAUGGAAAUCUUUUGGAAGGAGCAAUCCCCAGUGAUAUUGGUUGCUUGCCCUCUUUAGUAUCAUUGAACUUAAGUGGAAACAAUUUUCUUAGUCUUCCUACAAGCAUUGGCCAACUUUCUAAGCUUGAGAAUUUAUACUUGAGUCGUUGCAAGAGGCUUCGACACCUUCCAGUCCUUUCAUCAGAAGUAAAUUUAGAAGUAACUGCAGAUGGUUGUACUUCACUAGAAUUGCUGCAAUCUCCAUCGAAUUUGAACAGAGUGAAUUCAUCAGGUUUCAAUUUCAUCAAUUGCUUUGGAAUGGUUGGGAAAGAAAGCUACAAUCAUGUAACAUGUACCAUGCUCCAAAGAUACCUUAAGAGAGUCUCUUAUGCUGCAGGAGAUAGAUAUGAAAUUGUAAUUCCUGGAAGUGAAAUUCCUUGGUGGUUCCCUCAUCAAAGAAUGGGAUCUUCAACAACUGUUGAGCUAACGCCGCAUUGGCGUGAUACUAAGUGGAUGGGAUAUGCUCUGUGCGCUGUUUUUCAAGUUUUCGGCAGUGGGUGGGAUCUUUCUUGUGUUUUGGAAGUCAAUGGAAAAGAAGACUACCCUGCACCUCUAUUAUCAACUGAUGUCCAGCCCAAGUCAGAUCAUCUUUGGCUAUUCUAUGUGUCUCGUGAUAUAAGCUUUGGUACAGAGUGGCAAAAUAGCAGUUGCAAUCAGUUAAUAUUUUCUUUCAAAAGCUCAGGCUCCUGCUUGGUGAAGAGGUGUAGCGCCCGUUUGGUAUACGAGCAAGAUGCGGAAGAGUUCAACCAAAUAGUGACCCAGUCCAGUAGCAACAUUGAUGGAGAAGGACCUAGUGGAAGUGGUAGAUUGGGGAGUAUCUUGGCCAGCUUGGCCAAUAAGUUUCGGAUCCCUCAUUUCUAGUAGCAGCAUUUUCACCAUCUCCUUUUUUUUGGUACAGUGGCUCACCGGUGCAGUCAGGGCAUAUAUGUAUUUUCCUUGUAUUUUAAAAUUCAAGAAACAUAAGGAAAAACCUGGAGUAGGAGGAGGUAACCAGUUUCAGAUAUUAAAAAGAAAAAACCAGUUCUUUUCUUUUGUUUUGCUUAGUUGCUGCCUUGUCAUCCCAUGCUCAUCAGCAGCAGCGUUCAUGGCUUCAACUAAACCCAAUUCUUACAGUCUGGG